CGGAGCCAGGUGGCUUCCCUGUGCUGACAUUCCUGCCUUUCUCUCUCAGCCUUGCAGUACUUCCCCUCUGUGUUUCCUAUAAUUGUGACUCGAUUUCAGGGGAAGGGAAUUCGCGUGGACUGAGGGAGAGGUCUGAGUGGACGGGCUGGGAAGGCACCGUGAUGCCCUCAACCCCGUCCCUAAAGGUGGUCCAGGAGCCGCCCGCCUGUACCUGCUGUGCGGGGCCGCUGGAGGAUGCAGUGACCGCUCCCUGUGGACACACCUUCUGCCGGCUCUGCCUCCCCAAGCUCUCCCAGAUGGGGGCCCAGCCCUCAGGCAAGAUCCUGCUCUGCCCGCUCUGCCAAAGGGAGGAGGAGGCAGAGACGCCCAUGGCCCCUGUGCCCCUGGGCCCGCUGGGGGAGACUUACUGCGAGGAGCACGGCGAGAAGAUCUACUUCUUCUGCGAGAAUGACACCGACUUCCUCUGUGUGUUCUGCAGGGAGGGCCCCUCGCACCAGGCGCACACCGUGAGGUUCCUGGACGAGGCCAUUCAGCCCUACCGGGAUCGUCUCAGGAGUCGACUGGAAGCCCUGAGCAUGGAGAGAGAUGAGAUUGAGGAUGUAAAGUGUGGAGAAGACCAGAAGCUUCAAGCACUGCUGGCUCAGAUUGAAAGCAAGAAGCAUCAGGUGGAAACAGCUUUUGAGAGGCUGCAGCAGGAGCUGGAGUACCAGCAGUGUCUCCUGCUGGCCAGGCUGAGGGAACUAGAGCAGCAGAUCCGGAAGGAGAGGGAUGAAUACAUCACAAAGGUCUCUGAGGAAGUCACCCGGCUUGGAGCCCAGGUCAAGGAGCUGGAGGAGAAGUGCCAGCAGCCAGCAAGUGAGCUUCUAAAAGAUGUCAGAAUCAACCAGAGCAGGUGUGAGAUGAAGACUUUUGUGAGUCCUGAGGCCAUUUCUCCUGACCUUGUCCAGAAGAUCCGUGAUCUCCACAGGAAAAUACUUCCCCUCCCAGAGAUGAUGAGGAUGUUCUCAGAAAACUUGGUGCAUCAUCUGGAAACAGAUUCAGGGGUCAUCACUCUGGACCCCCAGACCGCCAGCCGGAGCCUGGCCCUCUCGGAAGACAGGAAGUCAGUGAGGUACACCGGGCAGAAGAAGAACCUACGAGACAGCCCCCUGCGCUUCGACGGCCUCCCGGCGGUGCUGGGCUUCCCCGGCUUCUCCUCGGGGCGCCACCGCUGGCAGGUGGACCUGCAGCUGGGCGACGGCGGCGGCUGCACGGUGGGGGUGGCCGCGGAGGGGGUGAGCAGGAAGGGGGAGAUGGGCCUCAGCGCCGAGGACGGCGUCUGGGCCGUGAUCAUCUCGCACCAGCAGUGCUGGGCCAGCACCGCCCCGGGCACCGACCUGCGGCUCAGCGAGAUCCCGCGCGGCGUGGGCGUCGCCCUGGACUACGAGGCGGGGCUGGUGACCCUCCUCAACGCCCAGACCCGGGAGCCCAUCUUCACCUUCACUGCCUCUUUCUCCGGCAAAGUCUUCCCUUUCUUUGCCGUCUGGAAAAAAGGUUCCUGCCUUACCCUGAAUGGCUGAAGUGGGGCGCGCGAAAGGCAGUGAAGCGGGGACCGUGGCGCCCUGGGAUCCAGCUCAGCCCCUGGCCAGCUCGCGGCCCGGGUGGACCCCUGUGCCCGCGUGAGGCGAGAGGACAGGGGACCUAAGUCUGGAACAGCCGUUGUUUUUACUUUAUCUUAGGCCCUCAGCUCCCUGACGUCCUGAACGUCCCCGUGACGCUGCGGCCUUCUCUGCACCUUCCAGUGCAGAACCACAGGGGACUCGGCUUAGGGCAGCAGCCAACCUAGGAACCCGAGGGCUUUGGGGUGCGGGGAGAAAAAAAAAACCUAAAAUAAAAUGUUUAAACUGCUUCAAAAUAAUCAUCGUGGGAA